AUUUGAAUUUGGUCAUUUCCGCUUCCUUCUGCUCGGAUGAUUCUCAACUCUUCAGAUCGAAUUCGGCGUCUUGUCUCACAUCCUGCUGAGUUGACGGAGGAGUCCGAUCCAUAAGCGAAAGUUGUUCUGGUGGAGCUUGACGUCCAAGUUGGACCUUCCGCCGCUGGAACGCAGCAGCAGAUUUCAACCGUUCACGUUUAGGUUGGCACAUCAUGCGCCACGACAACUCUGGCAGCCGAAGGAAGGGCGCCGCCCCGCGCCGCCGACCCCAGCCGACGCCCCCCGAGGCAUUGCCCCGCACGCGCCGGCCGCCGUCGUCCCCCCGGCCGGGCCCGUCCGGGCACGGGCAGCCGCCGCAGCCUCCGUUGCCGUCGCCCAGAAGGCGAAGGUUCCGCCCAGGGGCCAGGGCCCUGAUGGAGAUCCGCAAGUACCAGAAGAGCACCCACAUUCUCCUCAGGAAGGCGUCGUCCGCUCGCUUGGUCCGUGAGGUGUGCCAGGGGUUCGGCAGAGGCUCCUACAGGUGGCAGGUCUUGGCUCUGAUGGCGCUUCAGGAGGCGGCCGAGGCCUUCUUGGUGUUGCUCUUCUCCGACGCCAACCUGUGCGCCAUCCACGCCAAGCGGGUCACCCUGUUCCCCCGCGACAUCCAGCUGGCCCGACGCAUCCGCGGGGCCCCCAACGCCGUCUGAGCAAGAUGGCCGCUGCGCCGUCGGAAACUCGAUUGUUUGCGUUUCGUCCUGUUGACGUUUCUGUUUUGUAAUAGAGUUCUUGUUACGACUGGAUCCUUUCUUGGCCCCGCCCGCUUUUCCUCCCAGCGGCCGACGCCCGGAUGCGGCGUCAAAGGGGAGUAAUGUGUCUAAUGUGCGCGUCGGCACAAAAACGUAGACGCACCCUCGAGGGCCCGCUGACCCACGCUGACCUCGGCUCAACUCUACACGUGCGAGCACAUCGGUCGCGUUUCUGCAAAAUGUGCAGUUUUGAACUCAAAAGAGGCUAUUUACGUGAAUUGUAUACAUCCGACGAGUUUUUCCUGGGGGUCGCCGUUGCCGACAUCGGAGGCUGUUCCAUGCUCCUUGAUUGCGAACAGCGUUAAAUCAAAACAAUGGACGGAUGUGGCGGACCGGACUCCUAUCUUUAAACUGACUGUGCGGGAGGGUACGGACUACAGAAAUUGCGACGACAAAAUUGGCUUUUGCUCAAAAAAAAAAAAAAAAAAGAAAAAAAUCCCAUCCCGAGGCUCCAUUGCUGUUUUUCGGGGCCCCCGACUGUGCGUCUGUCUGCAAAAACGUUUCUGCGCUAAACAUGGACUGCGAGUGCUGGAAAUCUGUUUUAAUCUUUUUUUAUUGGCAGAAACUGACCAAUUUUUGUGGUCAUCUUUGCUGUUUUUUGCUUUGUUUGUUUGUUUCACAACAGAAAAUAAAAAGUGAAUAAGUCGCUC